ACCUAUCCUCACCGUAUCUGCGCCAUAAACGCAGUGCAUUGAUUUCCCUACUCGACUAACAUCCUGGAGACCCAGAUAUUGGCGUCGCAUACCCUCUACCUCGGCCUAGUAUCCGCGCAGCCAACUCCGCACCACCUCGAAGCAUCUAGCUUCGCGCCUCGAAUCGACCGCGCCGUUCCUCGUCUUCCUACCUACACACACACUCUACAAGAUGGCAUCAAGGAAGAAGGUCCUCCUUAAGGUCAUUAUCCUCGGAGACAGCGGGGUCGGCAAGACGAGCUUGAUGAACCAAUAUGUCAACAAGAAGUUCAGCGCAAGCUACAAAGCGACGAUUGGUGCCGAUUUCCUAACCAAGGAAGUGCUGGUCGACGACAGACUGGUUACGAUGCAGCUCUGGGACACUGCCGGUCAAGAGCGCUUCCAAUCGCUCGGUGUUGCCUUUUACCGCGGUGCCGACUGCUGCGUGCUCGUAUACGACGUCAACAACUCAAAGAGCUUCGAUACCCUAGACAGCUGGAGGGACGAAUUCCUGGUUCAGGCCAGCCCGAUGGAUCCUGAGAGCUUCCCAUUUGUUGUCAUUGGCAACAAGAUCGAUGUGGAGGAGAGCAAAAGGAUGAUCUCGUCUAAGCGCGCCAUGACAUUUUGCCAAUCGAAGGGUGGUAUCCCGUACUUCGAGACCAGUGCUAAGGAGGCCAUUAACGUCGAGCAAGCUUUCGAAGUCAUCGCACGACAAGCUCUCGCACAGGAGGACGUGGGUGACUUCAGCAACGACUUCCCCGAGACAAUCCCGAUCGACCUCAAGGGCAGCGAAGGCGGUUGCGCAUGCUAGUGUAUGCCAUCACGAAAUAAGCGACGUUUAUGAGAGCCGACAGUGGAAGCUCAUCUGCCGCAAUGCCGUCUUGCAUCUGGAGUUCGCAUGGAGUUUGGUGUUGAACAUGCUUCUUGAGCAGGAGGAUCGCUUAGUCCUGUAAUUUAUCAUCACGGAUGGGGUCAUUGUCACCUAGUCGAUAUAGCUGCCCAAGAAUAUACGAAUACAUACAUGAA